AUGGUGCCGGCAGCCACCCAGGAAGGCUCUGGAAGCCACUUUCUGUGUCCGGCCACGGACGACGCCAUUGCUCACUCGGUGCCCCUGCCUCUGCUAGUCGAGCAGCAGCGCCACCGCAUUCGCGCUCUGGUGCAGGAGCGCGACACCGCCGCAGCGGAGCUCAGUGAGCUACACACUUUGUUUCAGCGCCUCCACGACGACUACGAGGAGGCCACGCGCGAGGCAGACGGAUUGCGGCUGCAGCUGAACAGUCUCCGCGCGCAGGAGGAGAUGCAAAGCAAGGAGCACCAGCUAUUGCGGUCGAGUCACACGCGCCAGCAGGAGCGUAUUCAGCAGUUCGAGCUGGAGUGGGCCAACAAGUCCAAGCAUCUCCGCGAGCAGCUCGAUGCACUCGUCAGCGAGAGAGACGCCAUACAGGCCCAGCGUGACGCCUCCAUGGCCGACAGCAGCGACUUGCGCCGGCAGCUAAUUCAACUGCAAGCCGAGAUGCACCGCGCCGAGUCGAAGCAUCGAGAGGCGCUGCGAGAACAGGCCGACACACACGCGCAGCAGCUUCGCUCUGCCCUGCAAGAAAAGGAGGAGGAAUUCCAGGCGAGGGCGGCCGCGACGCGGCGGGAGGCACGGCUGGUUCAGCAGGAGCUGGACCAACUCGGCGCCGGUCACACCGCCGCGCACGACGAGCGCGAGUCCAUGCGGUGGCGCCUCUCAGAGCUCGAGACGGCGGUGACUAACAAGGAGAAGCUCCGCGCGGAGCUGGAAAGGAUGGUAACUAUGCUCCGCUCGCGGCUGAAUGAUCAAGAGGAGGCGGCGCGCCAUGAUGCGCAGCGCUACGCGCAGCGUGCCCAGGACCUGGAGUUGCUGUACCGCGGUCAGGUCGCACAGGAGCAGCGCCGUGCUCAGGCUCUCCAAGACGAUCUGGCUGCUGCCCGCAAGGCGACGCAAGAAGCCAUGCGACAGCAGGAGAUCCUUCAGCAGUCCCACAGCGAGCAGACUAAAAACUUUACAACGCGCGCUGCAAAACUCGAGGACGACCUUCGUCAGCAGCUCCGCGCCCUCCGCAUAGAGCUGGAGGAGGCACAGGCGCGCGCACUUCAGCACGAAGCUGCCGCCCGCCGCAGCCAGCGCGAUGCAGAGACACUGCGGGCUACGUGCUCUAGUGAGCAAGAGGCGCGUGAGCGGCUGCAGCAGGCUCACACGGCGCAAGCCCAGCAGCUGUCGCGCGCGGAGGGGAGUGUGACUGUUCUGCAGACGCGCCUGCGAGAAAAGGAGAGAGAGGCGGAGCUACUGCGGUGCGCCAUGGAGCAGGCCACGUGGACGCGGGAGAUGCGGCAGGCAGCGCACCACACGUUGGCGUCCCUUCUUGAGGUGCCGCGGGUGUCCGUGCGAGGUGGCCGACGUCGGGUGAAGGAGGGAGAGGAAACGGAGGGCUGGUCUCCGGUGCUGCAGCUCGAGUGGGGGGCGGAGGCGCAAGGCAUUGCCCCCUCCCCGUCGCCUCGCAAAGAGCAGCAUGGGAGCGAUUCUGCACCCGCUGGCGCUGGCGACGCUGCUCAUGCUGUACCGGAGGGGGGUGAGUCGAUCCCAUCCUCCAGCGAGGUGGAGGGGGUUGUGUCCUCGCCCUUCAGGGGAGCCGCCCGUGUAAAGCGUGCGCAGCGUGACCCAGCGGUUGCUUCCGGCAGUCCUCAGCGCCCACCAGUUACACUGACGCAGGCAGCAGCUGGGCAACACGUGGAGACCAUCGAACGCACUGUGCCACGAGAUACAGGUCAAUCCGAUGGUGAGGGGCACGCGGGAUCAUCCACUGAAGCCAGCCAUCUACUUCAGCCACCGCUCUUGUUCCGCGCCGCGUCUCCAUUGGCCGCGGCUCCGCCAUUACAUCCCGGAACGCCGCGAACCGCUGGCAGUGGCUCUCCCUGGCCGGCUCAGGGAUCGCCUGGCUACGCUGCAGCAGUAAGCUCUACCACAGCCGCGCUCCGUGGCGGUGGGGCCGGGGCGUCGCCAUUUCCAUCGCCUCUGCGAGCGCUCCCCUUUGUCCCGGCCCAAACCACCGCAGGCGGGGCGAAUCCUCUGCGCACCGCCACCGGCGCGGCAAGAUCACAGCCGCAUGCCACGCCCCUUCUCUCCUGCCAGCGUGGGGGCCACAUCUACAACAUCCCUGAAGAGGAAGAGCAGCAGGACCAGCCGCAGCCGGCGGCGACCGGAGGUCAUGCCGGUGCAGCCGCGUACGCUGCUGAACCCGCACGCGGUUAUUCACGCACACAAAGACCACAGUCCGCGACACCUCUGUCAAAGCAGGCGGGCGAGGUUUUCUUUGAUGAUGUCGUGAGCGCACCGCGUGCGCGAGGGUUUCAAGCGAGGGUGUUGAUCAGGGAUGCAGAUGCCGUCGCUGCUGUACCUGGAAGCCAUCAGCGGCAGACAGCGUCAGCACAGCUGGUGACUGCAUCCACGGCACGAGUCGGCCCCUUCAACACGCACCUCACCCCCUCUACUUACCGCGGAAGCCUUGCCUUAAGCGACGGGGUGAGGGGGGCUGGCGGUGCGCGCGAUGCGCAGCCGUCUUUUUCGCUCGGAGACAGCCUCUCAUAUGACUACGGCGCAUCUGCACCAGGCGUCCGCGCGGCGGAGCUCAUCGCGCAGCUGCCACGCCCCUCAUCGGCGGUCUCCUUUGUUGCUGCUGCUGCGGCCCCCGACAAAGGGCCUGCGAUGCAGCGCGGGGUGUCGAACAUCGAGAGCCACCGCAACGUGCUUCACGGCGGAGAUUCGGCGCUUCAGCAGUACCUUCGCGACACCGUGCAGCAAGUACUCGCUGAUCACGGACGCGGCGGGGCACCUCAGCGUGAGUCACACCAUGCAUUACGGCAGCUGCCAGACGGCGGCUCAGCAAUUCCUGCAGCUUAUGGGUACCAAGGAGAUGGCGCCAACAGUGCAGGGGAAGCGGAUGAGGACGAUUUCGGCUCUGCAUCUCUCCUCCGCUCGUCCGUCGCAGUGCCGCUUGUGCGACCGGCGCCACAGCCGGCGUCUACAAGGGGUCUCGCGAACGGCGGCGGGGCGACUCGCAUGAUUAAUCCCGGCGGCAGCAGCCAAGGCGAUGCAGGCCGGCACGACUCUGAGAGAGAGAAAAGUGAUGCUGGCGGCGCUGCCGCCGUGACUCGGAACGGUCGUUCGGAAGCCGCAACUCCGCACAAGACGGGCGCAGCAGUAUCAGCAGCAGCAGAAACCACUCCAACCCGUCGCAGAGGGAGCGGCAUUUUUCAGACUCUUGAGCAGCUUGCCGGCCGACAGCAGCAGCUGCUGCAAUCACUGGGACACCUGCCGCACGCGGUGAUGUCCCCGACGGCGCACAACGCCGAUGCCCCGUCCUCACUACCAUGGCAAGCAACAGCGGCAGACCCCUUCCUCGGCGAGGCCUUGCGGAGCAGCGCCAUGAUCAUCGUGCCCACGUCUCUCUCCCUGCAGGAGCAUAGGUGCUACGUUCCGCACCAGGGCCAGCGCGAACCCGACGGUGGCCAGGGAGUAGCACGGUCGUCUGUGGCCGUGGUCGCGGCUGGCGGAGCACCGGCAGAAGCCGCCGGUUCUGCGUUGACGGUCAGCGCAUCUUUGUCGAAUACUGAUUUCUCGGCUUUUGGGAAAACCAUUGCUGCACAGGGCCACCCUGCAGCUGCGGCGCGCUAUGCAAAGGGAAGCGAUGCCAGCACCGAUGUCGAGCUCGACCCUCGGCAGCUCUCCUACUCUACCACGGUCGCCACGACUCAGCUGGCAGAUGUAAAACAGGGAGACCGAUCAGCGGUAACGAAAGACAUGGGCGACCCGACGGCGGCGGCGGCCGCGGUGGCUCAAGGCUCACAGCCGAGAGCGGAGAUGCAAGCUACCUGGUCAUCAGAGCCAGCACGCGCAGUGUGGGAGGUGGCGGCGGCCACGGCAAGCGCAAGGUCUGCGCCAUCUGUGUCGGAGGUUUCGUCGUUGUCGCAACUCGAGCGACGCUUUGCGACGCCAUUCUGA